AUGAUGUAUUCAUUUUUACUAUUUACUGUACUUAUUGGAUCGACUAUCUCUUGCAAAUGUGUUAUGCAUCCAGCAUUGAGUGAAGAUUUUCAAAAGACACCCACAAUUUUUAUGGGAUCUGUCGUCAGUAAAUCACAGUCGCCAACACUUAUCGAUGCUGUUGAAUAUACAAUGAAAGUUGAAGAAGCGUAUAAGAGUACUUCAGUUGGAGCUAUUCUUAUAGUGCGUGCAAGAGUAAAUGGAGCAUCUUGUGGUAUUGGCGAUAUUUCAGUUGGAGAUCAUUGGCAAAUGUGGUUAAGCGAAGAUGGAACAACUAAUUCAUGUACGCGAUCAACAUCAGACAUCAACGAAAAUCGCGCUGAACUUCAACAACUCGCUAAUCAAUAA